GUUUGGGUUGUUGUGCUCACACGUCUGGAGUGAGCGCUCAUUACGUAUUUGGCUCUGGUAGUGUACGUUUCGUUUUCAUAUAAUUGACGGCGGUUCGCGUUUGUUUUCAUCAACGAGCAUUUCAACUCGAUAGUACGUUCAUUCGUCAAUUAAUCAACUUAAUGCAAAAUAAAAUUUUCGUGUGCGUUAAGAAAAAUUUGAAACAUUUUUUUCUUGCGUGCUAAGAGAAUAUUUUGUCGUGUUCUUUAAUUGUAAAAAAUACGAGCAAAAAUAUAAGAAUAUUUGUGUUUUAAGAAAUGAGAUAGAAGAAGUGUAUAUCAUGAAGCUGGUUUAAAGCAAAUGGACGGUGAUAUAUGAAGUGAAUAAUUUCUUGAAUUUUUAAAACAAAAAUAUUGAAUUGGAAGUGGUAAAUAUUGAGCUACAAAGUAAAAUUGUGAAAAAUGUUAGCAGAACUAUUAAAAAUAAUAAACACGAGCUUGAAAUGCAGUAUAAAAAAUGUUGGUGAAAAUAAUAAUUAUUGAAGAAAAGGCAAAUAAGAGUCAAACAAACACAUAGUCCUACAUUGCGACUCAAUGAAAAUAUCGAGUAAGCAAAAAAGUUUCAAAUUAAAGUAACAAUAAAACACCAUUAUAAAACAAGGUGGGUUAACAAUAAAGCUAAAAAAAUAUAUUGAAACUAAAUAUAAUGAAAAUCAUGCGCUGAAUGCCAUGCCGAGAAAGAUAAUAAAGAUUGCAACAGUGAACAAAAAAAUAAAUAAAUUAAACCUGCAAAUAUGAUUUAUGGAAAAGUGAGCGCCAAACACUAGAGCAAAAGUGAAAUUGAAAACAGAAUGUGCACAUAACGACAACAAUUAAUAAGCAUUAAAGUGGAAUAAUCGGAAUUUAGGAAAAUAAUUAUUAAAGAUUAUUAUUAUUAUUGACGUAGAGUGGCACAUAUAAAAAUGUUUUCCUAAUAAUUUCAAAUGUGUAAAAAAUAUAAAAGUUAUUAUACCUACUGAUAAUAGCGUAUUGAGUGAAAUUAUGAAUUGAAUUUUUAUUGAAAGAAUAAUACAAUUUUCCAAUUAUUUGAAAAAUAGUGAAACAAUUUGGAGAAACAGAUUACUACAAGUGAUAUUAUUUUAUUUGUAACUAUAAAAUCGAUGUAUUUCAAAUUAACGCCAAACAAAUUGUUGUAAUGGAAUAUACAUAUUCAACAAAUACAUAGGAGACAAUAUGUUUCCAAUUUACGGAUACGUAACUUCGCUUUCUCCUUAAUGACAUUCCGUUAUGUGGCAGCUGAAUUAAAUUAUUUAUACAAAAAGUGCAGUAUUCGAAAAUAAUCAACUUUUACAACAAUCGUGCGCAUCAAUCAUACAAUUUGCGUUACGUCACACGAACGACCAUCUCACCCAAUACCCAUAAGCCUAGGCGUCACGCUAGCAGACACAUCAUGCCGUACGCAUACAUUUCAACUUCAAACAACAUACCUACACCGCACUCACCCGAGAGUAAAAUGCCAGCAAAGACAACGUCGUCACAGACGUCAUUCGCAGUGACACACCCCCACACGUUGCACAGUUUACAGCAAUUGCUGCUGCCACUCAAAAUCAUCGCCUUUAUCAGCAUCGUCGUCUCGUCGUCAUCAUUGAUCUGCGUGACGCAGGCUAAACACCUGUCAAACGAUGCCAAUAUUGGUGCUGGCGACAUGGCGGCACUAGACGACGCAUAUUCUGCCUCCAUGCCGUCUAUCUCCUCAUCGUCUUCGUAUUAUGGCGCUUAUCAAAAUCAACGCUUCGCUAUGGAACCUCAAGACCAGUCAGCUGUGGUGGGUGCACGUGUUACGUUACCGUGUCGCGUCAUCAAUAAACAGGGCGUACUACAGUGGACGAAAGAUGAUUUUGGUUUGGGUACAUCACGUGAUUUGGGCGGUUUUGAGCGUUACUCAAUGAUUGGUAGCGAUGAAGAGGGUGAUUACUCGUUGGAUAUUUAUCCGGUGAUGUUGGACGAUGAUGCACGCUAUCAAUGUCAAGUGAGUCCAGGACCGGAAGGUCAACCGCCCAUACGUUCGACAUUUGCAACAUUGACGGUGUUGGUGCCACCGGAGGCGCCUAAAAUUACACAAGGCGAUGUGAUUUACACAACAGAGGAUCGAAAAGUGGACAUUGAGUGUGUGUCGGUGGGCGGUAAACCAGCAUCGGAGAUAACGUGGAUUGAUGGACUUGGCAACGUUAUAACGAGUGACAUUGACUACACUACGUUACAGAUGCCGGAUGAACGUCGCUUCACCGCUCAAUCGACAUUGCGGUUGACACCGAAAAAGGAGCAUCACAAUACGACAUUCACUUGUCAGGCACAAAAUACGGCAGAUCGUACAUAUCGCUCGGCGCGAAUACGUGUGGAGGUAAAAUACGCACCAAAAGUUAAAGUCAACAUAAUUGGCGGUGCGUUGGAGGAUGGACGUAUACCGGAGUUUGCUCAGGUGCGAUUAGAGUGCAAAGCGGAUGCCAAUCCCAGUGAUCUGCGUUAUCGCUGGUUCAUCAACGAUGAACCAAUUGUUGGUGGACAAAAAACUGAAAUGGUUAUUCGAAAUGUUACACGCAAAUUUCAUGAUGCCAUCGUCAAGUGUGAAGUCCAAAAUUCAGUGGGCAAGAGUGAAGAUAGUGAAACGCUGGACAUCAGCUAUGCACCAAGCUUUCGCCAGCGUCCACAAUCUAUCGAAGCGGAUGUCGGUACUUUGAUAUCGCUAAGUUGUGAAGUUGAUGGAAAUCCCACGCCAGAUAUUGUAUGGAUUCAACAUCCAAGUGAUCGGGUUGUUGGCAUCAACUCCAAUCUCACCUUCACCGUUAGCAAUGAGACAGCUGGGCGUUAUUAUUGCAAAGCGAAUGUACCUGGCUACAAAGAAAUCACCACCGAUGCGUAUGUUUAUCUAAAAGGUUCACCAACCAUUUACUCGCCACCCUAUCAAUUUGGCUGGGUGGGCGAUACGGCGCGUAUUGAGUGUUCGGCAACUUCUGUACCACGUGCACGUCACGUCUCGUGGACAUUUAACGGGCACGAAAUCAAUGCUGAAUAUGGGCACGACUAUUCAAUACUGGUGGAUCCGGUGCCGGGUGGCGUCAAAUCGACGCUGAUCAUUCGUGACAGUCAAGCGUAUCAUUAUGGCAAGUACAAUUGCACUGUGGUGAACGAUUACGGGAAUGAUGUGUUGGAAAUCAAUUUGCAGGCGCAAAAAAAAAUUUCGCCCAUGAUGAUUAUUAUUGGCGGCACCUCAGUCGUUGGCUGUGCCAUGAUCCUCAUCAUUAUCAUUAUCGUCUACUUCAAGUGCAAGAAACGCACCAAACUGCCGCCGGCUGAUGUUAUUAGCGAACACCAGAUAAGUAAAAAUGGUGGUGUGGCCUGUAAAAUGGAAGCUGGCGAUCGUACAUCCAAUUACAGUGACCUCAAAGUGGACAUCUCCGGUGGUUAUGUACCUUACGGCGACUAUUCCACACACUACAGUCCGCCACCGCAAUAUCUCACCACCUGCUCAACCAAAUCGAAUGGCAGCUCGACCAUAUUACAAAAUAAUCAUCAUAAUCAUUUGCAACAGCAGCAUAUGCAACAAACGCUCCAACAUCAGCAUCAUCAGCAGCAUCAACAAACACCACCACCACCACCGACGCAAAUAGUACCAAUGACAUUCCUUUCGAAUGGCAGUGCGAGCGGUAGUCUGACGAGUAGUAUUGUCGGUUCGCGUGAAAUACGACAGGAUAAUGGCUUGCCGAGUCUACAAUCGACGACUGCGUCUGUGGUGAGUUCAUCGCCGAAUGGCAGUUGUAGUAAUCAGAGUACAGCGACGCAUGUCAUCUCUAGUUCGGUGGCGAUGAGCGUGGAUCCACGCUACAGCGCCAUUUAUGGUAAUCCAUAUUUGAGAUCAUCGAAUUCAUCGCUCUUGCCGCCACCAACUGCGGUUUAGAGUAUAAAUAUCAUGCAAUAAGUACUUUGGUAGCUUCGUCUGUUGUAGAACGGCAAACUAUAGAAUUGAAAGACUGAUCUCAAAAGCAUAAAAAAUUGUGUGUACGGCAAAUGCGUUUUGACAACAUCGUCGGCAGGUAAGAGCUGGUGGACUAUUGUAUUAUUCUUAGGACAUAAAUCUCGAAACAAUUUUUUUAUUAAUUUAAAAAAUUUUGUAUUUUACUUUUAACGCCGAGAAUUAAAAUUUCUAUGUUUCAGAGUUUUUGAGUUGUCGAAUUUAAUAAUAUUCGAAUCACACAUUUCUGGGUAUAGAAAUGCAUUAUAAUGUUGUGAAUGCAGUUGGCUGUUGAUUUUCAUAUAUAUAUUUUUUUUUAUCAAUAUUAUUAUUUGGGCUAAAGACCAAUACUGAAACAUUUUUCCUAAUCCAUUAUUUAACUGCAGUUCAGCUAUGAGUUUUUCUGCUUGAGCUCCUCAUGCCCAGAUUUUCUUCUCCAUUACUAAAAAAAAAAUCACCCAAGACUGCAGUUAUUUUCAAUUUGAAUAGAAUUAUUCUUUAGCUCAAUUCUUCUCUGCUUCUUUUUCUCUCUCUCUCUUUCUCUCAAGGUUAAAAUGCCGCGUUAGCAUUGACAUUGGUUGCUUGGUUAUAUAAAUCGUAGCUACGAUUUUCAUUUCCUUCUAGCCAACGAAGCACAAAAUUAUUUGCUCAAGUGUGGGUGUGUGUGCAUUCAUACUGAAGCCAUCUUAAAAUCGUUUGUAGGCAUUUUCAUGAAAUUACAAAAUAUAAAAGUUUUGUUUUUGUAUUUGUGUGGGUGAAU